CCAAUAAUGUGCGUUGUGGCUCGAUGUUAUCAUUGGCAUCACUGCUCCUUACUUGUCAAUAUGUCACGAACAGGAACGAAACUGGAUGCGAAGAAAGUGAACUCUGAAUUGUUUACUUUAACGUACGGAGCACUGGUGGCCCAAUUGCUUAAAGACUAUGAAAAUGUGGAGGAUAUUAACAAGCAGUUGGAAAGGAUGGGAUACAACAUGGGGAUUCGACUGAUAGAGGACUUCCUGGCGCGGACAGGUUCCGGCCGGUGUUACGACUUCAGAGAUACCGCUGAGAAGAUUCAGAGCGGCUUUAAAAUAUUCCUCGGCAUUACACCGACGAUUACGAAUUGGAGCCCGGCCGGCGAUGAGUUCUCUCUGUGCUUUGAGACCAAUCCUUUGACUGAAUUUGUCGAGUUGCCGGAUCAUUGUUUAAAUCUGAAAUAUUGUAAUAUAUUGACUGGUGUACUCAGAGGUGCUUGUGAAAUGGUGCAAAUGGAAAUUGCCUGCUGGUUUGUACAGGAUCAGCUUAAGAACGACAAUGUUACCGAGUUGCGUGUGAAGUUUGUCAAAAGGCUGGAGGACGCGAUACCAGCAGGCGAGGAUUAAAUGUAUAUAUAACAAACAUAUAUAUAACAAUUAGCUUUUCUGUCUGCAUUUCGCAAACUUUUCAUUUGAAAAUAAUGUAUUAAGGAUUUCAUUUUUACAUUGUCGCUAAUGUUAAUGUAAUAAUUGUAAGAUAGA